AUUUAUAAGCUGCAAAUUGCUGCCCAAGGCAGGGAUCGCCGAACACGGGCGCCGACCAUCCAACGGCUUAUCGCACGGCACGUCAUCUAUUUAAGAGCGCCUUUAGCUCUGCGAUUCUCGAAGUAGCGGCGGGAGAAGAGCGCUUUUAUUCUUCCCUGAAAAGCGAAAUGCAGUUUCCGACUCGCGUCCGCAUCGCCUAUUGCCCUGCUCGCGAAUCUCUCUCUCCGUCCGAGCUUGGAGUGCCUUUACUCUUUUUAGGUUAUCCUUGUUUAGGACGCUUUUUACUUGAUUUGUAGGUUUCAGAAGAUCUCUUGUGGGUUAGGAAGGGUACUGGUGGCAGGACAGGUUGAGGAUGGUGUGUUCGUCAAGAAGUGGUUUGCUUGCGUGGUUUAACGCUGCAUCGAGGGUGGAUUUUGAUGGAGCGGCUAAUGCGUCCAGGUCUGAUGCCUUUUCGUCUGCUUCGUCGCUGUCUUCGUCUCACGUCAAUCGCAGGGUGUCCGAGGACUCUAAAAUGGGUUUCGGUGAGCGUUCUUUGUCUGCUGUUGGAGCUGCCGUCCUCUCAGCUAUCCUUGUGAAUCCUCUUGACGUUGCGAAGACGAGAUUACAGGCGCAGGCAGCAGGAGCUUAUUAUUAUCAUCCGCAACGGCAUUUUGGAAGACGGUUUGCUUCCCUUGGCCCUAAUACGAUGCUUUCAGAGUUCAGAUGUUCUCCAUCAUGCACUCGCGGUGGAAUAUUUGGCGCUGAUGCAGUUUGUCCUCCUGAUUGUUUUCAGUACAAAGGAACUAUUGAUGUUUUUCACAAAGUCAUCAGACAAGAAGGAGUUUUUAGAUUGUGGAGGGGUACAAAUGCUGGGUUAGCAUUGGCCAUACCAACUGUUGGCAUUUAUUUGCCUUGUUAUGAUAUAUUCCGCAACUGGAUUGAAGAUUUUACUACGCACAAUGCUCCAGGUUUAACACCUUACGCACCUCUGGUUGCUGGCUCAGUUGCUCGCUCAAUAGCUUGUAUAGCUUGUUCUCCUAUUGAGCUGGCAAGGACACGUAUGCAGGCAUUUAAAGUCCGGAAUGGAGCAAAGCCUCCUGGCAUUUGGAAGACAUUACUUGGUGUUUUAUCGCCAGUUAAGAGAACUAAUGAAAGUUUGAGCAAUUAUCGCCUACUGUGGACUGGUGCUGGGGCUCAACUUGCUCGAGAUGUGCCAUUUUCUGCCAUUUGUUGGUCCACGCUUGAACCGAUUCGAAGAAGUUUGCUUGCAGUUGUAGGUGAGGAAGCAAAUGCAGCCAGUGUGUUAGGAGCAAAUUUUUCGGCUGGUUUUGUUGCAGGCAGCCUUGCUGCUGCUGCUACCUGUCCACUCGAUGUCGCUAAAACUCGAAGACAAAUAGAGAAAGAUCCAUCAAAGGCACUAAGAAUGACUACGAGAAAAACAUUGGCUGGAGUGUGGAGGGAUGGAGGGGUGAAAGGUCUCUUUACAGGUGUUGGUCCUCGGGUGGCCCGCGCAGGCCCUUCUGUUGGAAUAGUAGUUUCCUUCUAUGAGGUCGUCAAAUAUGUUCUCCAUCAAAGACAUUCAAAUGAUUAAAAAGAAAUAAUCCAGCUGCUGCUAUCUAUAAUAAAUAGAGUUAUCCCUUCUUUCCAAUUAACAAAAGUUUCAUACUCCCAUCAAUAAGUGUCUCCCUUUUUGGCGAGGUUGGGAGCAUAAUUUUCUCUGUCCAGAUUUGCUCAUUGCCUCGCGUUUUUCUUCAUUCAAGCUCUCUCUUGGCUUCUGGACAGCAGAUGCGCUGAUAUUAAUUGAUGACACCAUACUCAGUUUGUUCUGAGAUUGCAAGAAUGACUGCUGAAUAAUUAUAAAGUUUGAACAAACAACUGUGGUUGAGAUGCUUAAUGUAAUUUCCUUAUUGGAAGAUGCAAAUGCUAAUUUAUUUCAGGCUUUGACGCUCGUUUACGACAAUGCUUUAAGAAUGGAUAGGUUUUAUAUGUUUGUAUUUUGUUUUGCAGCUCAUUUGUAUUAAGCUGCUUGUGGUGCUUGAUGUAGCCUGUGGGGUUAGCUUUUUUUUUAUGCUGUUUAUAAGAUCGUUAGUGAGCAU